AUUCCUGUGGCUUACAUUUAAUUCGGUGAACCGCCCGUUGGACACUCCAGUCACAUGUGACUCUUGCCGACAUGCUUAAAUAGUCACGCAUGAGGAACAGUCUCUGUGGAGAGUAUAUGUUCUAGCGUAUGCUCUUUUCUCAAAAUUUUCCUAAACAUUUAGCCUUUUUCGUCUCAAGGGGAACGCCGCUGCCAAGAAAGUUCUUUCAUUCGGGAAGGUUGAAUUACUGCUGCAAAGCCAAGGCAUUUUUUCCCUCUCACCACAUUCAGAUGACGUGUCUCUUCCUUAUUUCUUUAUUUGAUCCUUCAUGAGUCACAUCCUCAAGAGAAGUUUCUUUCCAUUCUGUUUUCACUCGUGCCACGGUUAAGACAAAGUCGGCGUUCCUAUUCACUUCGGUGAAGUUUUAAUUGUAAAAUGAUGUGCCAUAAAGUGUGCGAGGCGGCGGAAUAUAUUAAAAAAAAUCUCACCUCAGUGCACCCGAUGUGGCAGGAGCCUCUGGAAGUUCCAGGAGGAGACCGCCAGUCACCCAUUGACAUCAGCGUGCGUAAAAGCGUCUUCGACCCGAACCUUAAGCCGCUCGUUACACAGUACGACCCCAGAACCUGCCAGCAGAUCUGGAAUAACGGAUACUCCUUCCUCGUCGAGUACGACGACACGACAGACAAGUCCACACUGCGUGGUGGUCCUCUGGAGGAUCAGUUCAGAUUGUGUCAGUUUCAUUUCCACUGGGGUGAGAAUAACACCUGGGGCUCUGAACACACUGUGGACCGCAACCUCUACCCCGCUGAGCUUCACUUGGUCCACUGGAAUGCAGAUAAAUACGCUUUGUUUGAGGAGGCUGUGAUGGAGGAGAAUGGACUGGCUGUUAUCGGGGUCUUCCUGAAGGUUGGAAAAACCCAUGAAGGUCUGCAGAAACUGGUGGACGCUCUACCUGCCGUCAGACACAAGGGCAGUGUAGUAGAAUUCACUAAAUUUGACCCAUCCUGCCUCCUGCCUGAGAGCAUCAACGAGUAUUGGACAUAUGCCGGGUCUCUGACCACGCCCCCCCUGACCGAGGCUGUCACCUGGAUCAUCAUGAAACAGCCCAUUGAAGUGAGCCACAAUCAGUUGGCCGUGUUCAGGAGUCUCCUGUUCACCUCAGCAGAGGAAGAGGUGCAGAAGAGCAUGGUGAACAACUUCCGGUUCCAGCAGCCUCUAAAGGGCCGAACAGUUCGCUCGUCCUUCACACCAUUCCUCUAGAGUAUUGCUCCUCUUGACUCCUAAGCCCUCACCCUAUGAAGACCUUAUGAAGUUCUGACUGUGUCAUCUCAGUCUUACACCCGGUGAUACAUGGCACAACAUCCCAGCAGUUUUAGCCCUGUUUAAGACCAGGAAUCCAAGUCAGGUCUUAAAAGUCUGAGUCUACUAAUAAGCACUGUAUCUAUUCAGAAAGGAAUACAGGUUUGUCAACUGAAUUUUUAAAAUCUUAAGUUCACAAACUAGAAGUCAGGGCACUUUACUAAUUUUCUUAUCAGAUUAAUAUUAGGUUUUCUCAUUUUAGAGUUCAUUUAAAGCAUUUGGACUGGCAGUGUGUGAGAUUGUUCAGGAUUUCUUGGUGGUUUUAUUUCGGCAAACCACAGAAGGCGUGCCUUACUGUAGCUCUACAGCAUAAUGAUAAUAAUACAGAUAAAAAUAAUACAGAUUUUCAGCUGGGACGAUUAUGACUGGAAAAAUGUUAUACAUGUGUGGAAUUUAAUUUCCUGUCCUGCUAAUCUAUUACAGCAAAAACGUUGGCUAGAAUUGGCACACUGUAUGCUUUAGGCUUUGAAAAUAUAUAUUUUUAGACUAGAUACUGACUCCUUUACCCUUUCCGUUAAUUCAGAACUGAAUUCAUUCUAAUGCCAACAUUAGAAGAGUAAAAACUUGUGUUUCAGAGAUCUGUUUAUCUCCUAAAGCCUCUUCAGUGUUCAUGCAGAUUGAUUUCCAGUCUAUAUAACCAUCCCAACUUAAAGUCCGUCUUCAUACAGAAAAGAAAAGAUAGUGACCUCCUCAUAUGCUCUUCAUUUCUCAUACAGGUGUAAUAAGUGACCCUACACUUCAUGUUUACUGCUUGUUGAAACCUUAAACUGCACACUUCCUUUAACGAUUUACUAAAUUUAACUUACUGACCAAUUUGAUUAUUUAGAUGAUAAGAUGAUGAAACAAUAACUGAGUUUAUAACAUAAUAUAUUUACAUGCAGGACGUAGAAACUACCGGAAACGCUAAAAUAACGUGUACUAGUUAUUUUGUGGUGCUGUGACUGGUUGUUACUGGCUGUAGCUAUUAUAUAUAAUUUUAACUGGUUUAGAUUUGAUCUGAUCUGGUAUUAAUUCAAAUAAGAGAAGAUCUUUAGCUGAAUUUAGUGGAGUAUACUGUUACAGUCAAAAACAUGCCUCCUGCAAAUAAAGUAAAAGAAUACAUACUAAAAUACAUACCUUUUGCAGUAUUUACAGUAGUCCUGCGAUUCCAGAAUUUACAGUACUUUGUUGUUGCCUGUAGUAAAUGAACAUUAAUGUGAUAUUGCAUGCCCCAUGGCCAUGCCAGUGUCUGUAGACAGAUAGAAUCAAUUUAUAAUAGAUUUUGUAAUAUAAUGUUACUAAUUAUCCAGAAAUUACAGUAACACCAUUCCAGCCUCUUUGUUACUAAUUUACUCAUAUUUUAAGGUGUUUUCGGUAUUUUUUCUGCAUCCUGCAUGUGUUGUAUACAUUAUACAAAUAAUAUAUGCUGUGUGUGCAUAUAUAUAUAUAUAUAUAUAUAUAUAUAUAUAUAUAUAUAUAUAUAUAUAUAGAUAUAGAUUGAUAUAUAGAUUAUGAACUUUAUCUGUACAUGAUGUAGAUUGAGCACAUUGAAACGUUACUGAUUCAGAUUUUAUUGCGGAUGCAGCAGAGCUUGGAAAACCACCGUGCCUUUAGCUUUAUGCUCCCACACUAUUGCGUUGUCCCACUGCCAAAAAUCUGCCCUUGGUUCUUGUUAAAGAGUGAAGGACAGAUCAUUGAAUGAUGCUGUAUUUUUUUUUUAAAUUAUACUUCUAACUGGCCACUAGAGGGCGCCGGAGCUCCAGGAGAGCGAUGCAGGUUCUGUAUAUGCAAAAAUAUUGGCCUCCACCUCCUUACACACGAAGAUUUAGUAAUCAGAAGAGAUUUGAUGUUAUCGCUACUUUCAUGUGAUUUUGGUCCGUAGGUUUAACAUGGCUUUGAUAUAUAUAAUAUAUAUUUUAAGCAAGAUAAAUCUUUUGUUUGUAUAUUUAAAAAUAAUGACCAGGUUUAGCAAAAACCAGUGCUAAAAUCUUUUAACUGAUAGUGUGUAGGCUCUAAGUUACUGUUUUAUUACCAUUUCAACACUAUUAGUGUCUCAGAUAUGGAAUAAACCCAUACAGUGUGGAAAUUAAACUAGGUCAAAUAUGAUUUAUUAAGAUGUAAACCUGAGGGUUUUUCAGACUUAAUAACUUGUAUUACUAGCGGGUGAACUGUUGUAGAGUUGCGCUAUUUAAAAUAAUCAUGAUUAUGAAAUGAUUAUCAGCUCACACAACAUAACAAUGCUAACCAACUAGUCUAGCCUGCUCUCUAGAUUAGGUUUAUUUUCCUGUGUAAUUAAGAAGGUUGUCUACUUCUCUGUAGCUUCGUUGGUUUCAUUUCAAGUUGCUUAUGCAACUUGACCUUAUGCAGAUACACAUAAAGUGAUGUUGCAUCAUGUACCGAUGAACAUCCCAAACGUCGACAUGCUGUAUUUUUAGUAUUCAGCGUCAUAAAUCUCAUCAUAUUCACUCACUAACUAGAUUCUGUUCCACACAUGACGUUUGUCCUCCAUGAUAGUGUGGUGCUGAUUCUCUUAGGAUUACAUGUACAUGAACAAAUGUAUCGCUGUGUAAGAUUAACAGUUUUCCCUAACAGAAAAGUUUAAAUUAGUUAAAUGAGGUUCCUGUAGUGUAAACACACAGAAUGGUGAUUUAUUGGUUAUGCUACACCUCUCCAACCAAACCCACACAAAGUAUUUCUAAACUGACUGGAAUCUGGGUCUAUAGGAUCAGACAUAAUAGUGAAAAUGUGACACAAGCAAGAAAGAUCCUGUAAAUGUGAUGCAUCACAGUUUAAAAAAAAAAAAAAAAAACGUUUAUCUGAGGAACCUCGUGUGAGAAUUGUGGGAACUCUGCUGUGUAGGAAGUGGUUUAUACCGCAGUGACAAAGAAGUCACGCUCAGAGAAAAUCCUGAUCUCCGAUCCGUUUUUUUCGCUCUAAUCAAGAGUGAAGGCUCUGAUCCUGCAUCAUCUCUCCUGCUCCCAGCCGUCUUUGUUUUUCGGUCUGGACGCCAUCCUGCUUUAUGGCUGAAUAACAGCGUUUCUGUACAAACCCUUCCUCUGUGGUGGCCUCCAGCCUGAAAAGGCCAGCUGGUCUGGGGUGGGUGUGUGUGUGUGUGUGUUAGUGGGGCCCAACACUCAGUUUCAGCCUCACUAACCAGAUUAGAAAGCUGGGACACACCACCUGUCCUGUAGCAAUGCAAAGUGUUUUUCCUGCCCUGAUGAUAUAAUUUUUCUCUCUUUUUCUUCCUGUAAUUCAAGAUUAACUUGAUUUUGUGGUUGAUUGGUUACCAGGUUGAAACAGUCUGCACUAUUAUUUUUUUUUGGUGACUGGCAUACACUACAGUUUAGGGUUUAUAAUUGCAAAUAAUAAGUGUGUAAAGAGUCAACACAAUCUGGCAACCUGUUUGUUUUUUUACUUUUUAAAGCUUUGUGCAUUUUUGUAUCCAUGCGGAACAAACCGAUCCGUGUAAAAUAUUUUCGACUGCAUUGAGAAGUAUCAGACAUGCACACACCCUUGGGUUCAGUAUUUUUUUUUUUUAUCAUGAGUCAUUACAGUUUGCAAUUUAGGCCACGUUGCCUAACUGCUGUUUGUGUUGUUUUAUCCACCAAUAGCGAUGCACUGAUCAGAUACAACACUUAAAUCUAGGGAUAUAUUCUGAUCAAUUUCAAUUCCAAACACUUCACAUUUCUGUGUAUAAUCCUCUUGGCCUGGUUUUGAUCUUUAUUAUAUAAUCAAUUAUAAAGACUUGUGUUCUACCUCGUGCUUUCGCAAUGGCUGUUGCCUCUUUUGGCCGUCCAGAUCCCAUUACAUGCCUAAACACGUCUUUUUAAUAGUGACAACUGACCAACAUCUGGAGUUCGAUCUGAAGUGUUAGGACCAGAAGAAAAACUCUACAAUUAUCACUCCAUUUCAAGACAAGCGAUAAAAGAUCCAUGUGAGCUGACGAUGUUGGAAACAGCAACACAUCGGUGCAUCCCUAUUGAAUGACAUUUUCACUGGCCAAUUUCUGUUUUUCUGUCAGUUCUGUCUUUUGAACAUAAUCACGCACAAUGUGUUUAUUCUAAUCCUUAUGUAUCCUGUAGAGUGUAAAGUUUCAUAGUGUUUAAUUGGACUGUAAAUGUUGUGUGUUUUUGCUGUCUGGUGUCCUUCCUGCUCUCCCAGUCUUCGGGAAUCUUUUUUUUUUUUUCCCGGAGGUUUCCCGGGCCAUCUGAAUGACCUGUUCCCAGCAUGCUUUGUUGUAGCAGGUGCUGACCGGGUGUGAUCCAGCUGCACUGGGUCUCUCUGUAAGAGUUUUCUCUACAAACAUACACACCCCAGACGUCUACGCUACAAACGCCCAUUCAUGCAGUCCAAAAAAACCAUGCGUAGUAAAGAUUCUUUGAUGUAAAGGAUGAAAUAAAAUGUAAACAACUCGA